CGGCGGCGCAUGCGCGGGGCGGAGCGCUCAGCCGGCGCCCGUGGUGUGAAGUGCCCGCCCGCCGCCGUCGCCGCCACUGCCGCUGCCGCCAUGGCUCUCCUGCAUAGCCGCCGGCUCCUCGCCGCCCCGCGCCUCGCCGCCGCCGCCUCCCGCGCCAGCUCAUGGUGGUCUCAUGUGGAGAUGGGUCCCUCCGACCCCAUCCUGGGGGUGACAGAAGCUUUCAAGCGUGACACCAAUUCCAAGAAGAUGAACCUGGGUGUGGGGGCAUAUCGGGAUGACAACGGGAAGCCGUAUGUCCUGAGCUGUGUUCGCAAGGCAGAGGCCAUGAUAGCAUCCAAGAAGAUGGAUAAGGAGUACUUGCCUAUCGGGGGACUAGCGGAUUUCACCCGGGCAGCCGCAGAACUGUCUCUGGGGGAAAACAGUGAGGCUUUCAAGAGCGGCCGGUAUGUUACUGUGCAGGGUAUUUCUGGGACUGGAUCUCUGCGAAUUGGAGCCAACUUUUUGCAACGAUUCUUCAAAGGCAGUCGUGAUGUGUAUCUACCCAAACCAUCCUGGGCCAAUCACACUUCUAUUUUCCGUGAUGCUGGCAUGCAACUUCAGGCUUAUCGCUACUAUGACCCCAAGACAUGCAGCCUUGACUUCUCUGGAGCCAUGGAUGACAUUUCUAAAAUUCCAGAGAAGAGCAUCAUCCUCUUACAUGCUUGCGCUCACAACCCCACUGGGGUGGAUCCCCGGCAGGAGCAAUGGAAAGAGUUGGCAGCUACAGUGAAGAAACGAAACCUCCUCGUGUACUUUGACAUGGCCUAUCAGGGCUUUGCCAGUGGGGACAUCAACCGGGAUGCCUGGGCUGUGCGAUAUUUCAUCGAGCAGGGCAUCAACAUCAUCCUGUCACAGUCCUUCGCUAAGAACAUGGGGCUGUACGGAGAGCGUGCAGGUGCCUUCACAGUGAUCUGCAGUGAUACAGAUGAAGCCAAGAGGGUCGAAUCCCAGCUGAAGAUCCUCAUCCGCCCCAUGUAUUCCAACCCACCCGCAAAUGGAGCACGCAUUGCCUCUCUGAUCCUGAACACCCCUGAGCUGCGGAAGGAGUGGCUCACAGAGGUGAAGGGCAUGGCUGACCGGAUCAUCAGCAUGCGGACUCAGCUGGUGUCCAACCUCAAGAAAGAGGGAUCCUCCCGCAACUGGCAGCACAUCACUGACCAGAUCGGCAUGUUCUGCUUCACAGGGCUGAAGCCUGAGCAGGUGGAGCGACUGACCAAGGAGUUCUCAGUGUACAUGACAAAGGAUGGACGCAUCUCUGUCGCAGGAGUUACGUCAGGCAACGUGGGUUACCUGGCUCAUGCCAUCCAUCAAGUCACAAAGUAAAGACAAAGGGGUGCUCUGGAGCUGGUGGCUUUCCCUUCCCCACCAGUUGAAGAUGGGGAGGGAAAAGAAACAAGCAGAAUACUUCCAACCACAGCACUUGAAGCCGCUGCUGAAUGUAUCUUGUAGAUGAGUUGUUGUAGACGCCUAGUCAAAUCCACCCUUUGCUGUGGAGCAGGGACAUCAUUGCUGGCUCCUGCUCAUCACAGCCUUCUUCCCUGCUGUCCAUCGUUUCUCCAUCAGCCCCUGCACCUAUCUAUGCUGGAGGAAGCAAAUGCUUAGCAAUGCCAUCCUACCAGUGUAGGCACCAAAGGCUUCUCCGCACACAUUUCUCCAUGAGAAGGCUUUGUGAGGCUGUUGGCUGCUGGCUCAAGCAGCAGCAGACAGGGAGCUGGGUGGGCUGAGUUGGAGGGCUGCUCUGGUAUGCUACUCCAAACUCCUCAGCCAGUCCCUGCUACCAUCAGGCUUCAUCCUCCUCCAUCAUCCCAGCCUGGGGCUGGCCAGCACCAAAGCUGUCCUCUGACAACCAGGACUUCUGAGGACUUCUCACUACCAAACUCUGCUCCGUCGUUGGCUUCGCUUUUUCCAUCUGGGACUCUCCUUUCAGGUGUAAUUCACAGUGGCAUCAGUGCGUGGGGCAGACCAGUGUCCCUCUUUUAAACCUGUCUCACUUUCAUACCUGGAGGUGAAACAAUUUCUCAACCCCCUCCCCUCACCAAUAAGAAUCUCCUCUGAAAACUGUUCUCUGGUGGUCUCUGCCUCACCCAAGUCCUGUCCUAAGCCCAGCAGUCCAGCCCUAUACCUCCAGCAGCCCUCUCUGCAGUCUCUGUGCAUGUCCCAAAGCUGUAAGCCAAGAGGCUGGCCCUGCAUAAGUCCCUUGCAGGACAUCCCUCUUCUGUUCUGUUCAACCACAUUUCUGGUGACACCAGAAAACAGCUCUUGAGAGAAAUCUGAGAGUUCAAAAACCAUUCUGUCCUUCUAAACUGAGUGUCCCUGAGGUCCUGUGACUUACUGGACUCUGAUUUUUAAUCCAAAUAAACUGGUGCAUGGCUGUGGUGAGCUGGGGACUUAAUCCUGACAUUGUGCAGCUGGAUCCUGUCCCUCCCAUGCACCAAAUAUUCCUUCUCAGGACCAUGCUAGCAGAGAAGAUCUUACAUGACCUGUGAAACCCUCAUCUCCUGAGAAUCCCAUGUACAGAGAGGCAGUUCCCACCGAUGGGCCCCAGGAGCACAGUGUCUGAACUGAGAUUGUCCAGGUGCAAGCUACUCUCACAGAGCUCAAAUUGAAGUCUAUGGCGUUGAACAUAGGUGUUGCUGGGGAGAGGACAAAUUCCCAAAAGCUGUCUGCCUUGGGCCUUGGGGCCAUCCUUGGCCCACGAUGGAGAGGAGCCUCCCUAGGCAGUGCUGGAGGCAUUACCUCUUUGAGUCUGUGAGCUGUUGCCAUUCCCUGGCACCUCUUCCCUCUGCAGCCAUACCAGGAUAUUUAGCAGGGCAGUCCUCAUUCCCCAUUCCUGCCCACGGGAGCUGUGUGCCUGUUGGAGCUGGGACAGGUCCAGUCUGGUUCACCUGUCCCGGUCUAGUGCACGUUGUUGCUACACUUGCUGGAAGGCUGGAUCCUCCCGCCGCUCCCUGACAGGUUUCCGCUCCCACGCCGCUUGUUUACUGGCCCGAUGCCCACGGCCGCUGCUUGCUGUCCUUUGUGCAAUAAACUGCUUUCCAUGCCGCACACGCCGUAGGUGCUACUCCACGGCGCUGUGGGUUCCUGUGCUGUGGUCCCCGAUUCUGCGUGGCUCUGGAGCUGCUGCCUCCUCCCCUCUUUACCCUCGUGGGGCCGUUCUCCUGCCCGUCCUCUGUACAAUAAAAGCACCCUGGAGCACA